CCGCGGGUUUGACCCCCAAACCCGAUAACGCAGCGAUGCUCCCGUUCGAGGAGCAAAUCUUAUCGGAUCUUCUCGAGGAUCCGCACGGCGGCCUCGUCGUCGUCUCCGCCGGCCUCCCCCUCCACUCCAUCGCCGCCUCUCUCCUCAUCGUCCACCACUCCUCCUCCGGCUCCAUCCUCUUCCUUUCCGCCUCCGACUCCCAGAAAUCCUCCGUUCUCCAGUCCCUUCAACGCCUCCAAGACCCUAACCCUAACCCUAACCUCCCUUCUGAGCUCGCCGGAGACCUACCCGGGAACCAACGUGCCGCUCUAUACUCCAGUGGCGCUGCCUUUUUCGUCACCGCCCGCGUCCUCAUCGCUGACCUCCUCUUCCCCCGUGCUCCCCCUGGCUCCAUCUCCUCCCUCAUUAUCCUCAACGCUCAUCGCCUCUCUGACACCUCGCCUGAGGCCUUCAUUGCACGCCUUCUCCGCCGGCACUCCCCUCGCGCCUCCGUUGUUGCCUUCUCUGAUCGCCCCCUUCCUCUCUCGUCUGGGUUCUCUAAGCCGGAGCGCAUUUUGAAGUCUCUUUAUAUUAAGAAGCUUCAUCUUUGGCCGAGGUUUCAUGUCCUUGUGUCGGCGGAUCUUGAGAAGGAUCCCCCGGAGGUGGUUGAUGUGAGAGUCCCGAUGACGGCCGCUAUGAAGGGGGUGCAGAGCGCGGCGCUGGAGGCGAUGGGGGCGUGUCUGAGGGAGCUGAGGCGGACGAAUAAGGUUGAUGUUGAUGACCUCACUGUGGAGAAUGGGUUGUUCAAGUCGUUUGAUGAGAUUGUUAGGCAGCAACUUGAUCCCAUUUGGCAUACUCUUGGGAAGAAGACCAAGCAGCUGGUGAAUGAUCUCAAGACGCUCAGAAAGCUGGUGGAUUAUCUUGUUAGGUAUGAUGCUGUAACAUUUCUGAAAUACUUGGACACACUUAGAGUCUCAGAGGGAGGUAAAUCGAUCUGGAUUUAUGCAGAGUCAAGUUAUAAGAUAUUUGAGUUUGCAAAAAAGCGGGUUUAUCACGUGUUGCGAGCAGAUGGUUCAAAGAUCAGCAUGAAUAGUAAGAGUGCUGCAAACAAGAAAAGGAGGGUGAAUGAUGAUAAUAAUAAGAACAGAGAAAAUGAGGCAUCUUGUUCUGAUGGCGGGAAGGGCCACAUAAACAGUGGUGUAAUGUUGGAGGAAGUUUUGGAAGAAGCACCUAAAUGGAAGGUGUUAAGAGAAUUAUUGGAAGAGAUAGAAGAAGAGCGAAGAAAAGUAGCUUUGUCAAGAGAAGAUGAACUUGGGAUUGAAGAUACUGGAGAAGAUACUGGUAUUGUAAUGGUAGCUUGCAAAGAUGAGAGAUCAUGCUUGCAAUUAGAAGCCUGCAUCACAAAAGGCCCACACCAAGUUAUGCGAGAAGAAUGGGGGAAAUACUUAUUGGGUAAGGCUGAACUGCAUGGCCUACAAAAGCGUAGUAAGAAGAAAAAUCAAGAACCUAAGGGCUUUGGCAUACUGAAUGGAGAGGUUGCUAAUGGCCCUUAUGAAAAUACUGACCCAAGCAGCAUAUCAAAGCUUGAAAAUGAUGCCCUUUUGGCUGCAGCAUCAGAGAUCAGCCAUCUAGCAAGUGAAGAAAUUAGUGUUGGGGAUGGCUCUGACCCAUGUGCAACAAGAGGGAGGUCUAGAAAAUGUAGAGGUAGAGGAAGAGGGAGGUCCAAGAAAGCUUCCAGUAAGGGUCAGACUCCUAUCAAUAGACACAAAAACCCUGGUGAUGAUAAAGUGAUUGGUAAAGGAUGUUCCGCAAUUGAAAUUCAAGGUGCUGAGAAAGACACAGAAGAUGCUACUGAUUUGGAGGAAAGGUCUUUACUAGAUGCAUCAACUGAUAAAGCUGUUCUGCGAAGGCAUUCCAAAGAUCAUGAUAUUUCAGAGUCCGUUUGCGCAAAGCCACUUCCUCCUGUGCAGUUUUACGCCUUAGAAAGUGAUAAACAUAUUCUUGAUGUCUGGAAGCCAUCUGCAAUUGUUGUUUACCACCCUGACAUUGCCUUUGUCAGGGAAAUUGAAGUCUAUAAGGCAGAAAAUCCCUCUAGGAAGUUGAAAGUCUAUUUUCUGUUUUAUGAAGAUUCCACUGAGGUGCAGAAAUUUGAGGCAAGCAUUCGCCGGGAGAAUGCAGCAUUUGAAUCUUUGAUCAGGCAGAAAUCUUUGAUGAUGAUUCCUGUUGAUCAGGAUGGGAGAUGUAUUGGUUUAAAAUCUUCCAGCGAGCCUGACCUUCAUGGUUUACAAAAUUCACAGACUAGAAAGGCAGGUGGUAGAAAGACGGUUGAGAAAGAAAUGCAGGUUAUAGUGGACAUGAGGGAGUUUAUGAGUAGCCUUCCCAAUGUUCUACACCAAAAGGGCAUGCGAAUUAUACCUGUUACUUUAGAAGUCGGAGACUAUGUUCUUUCACCAAUGAUUUGUGUUGAGAGAAAGAGCAUUACAGAUCUAUUUCAGAGCUUUGCAUCAGGUCGUCUUUAUCAUCAGGUGGAAACUAUGGUACGCUACUACAGGAUGCCUGUGCUUCUGAUUGAGUUCUCUCAUGAAAAGAGCUUUUCAUUUCAGUCUGCAAAUGAUAUCAGUGAUGAUGUUUCUCCAACAAGUAUUAUAUCAAAGCUGUCAUUGCUCGUUUUACAUUUCCCCCGCCUACGGCUUGUCUGGUCCCGCAGUGUUCAUGCAACAGCAGAAAUAUUUGCUUCAUUGAAGAUGAAUCAAGAUGAACCAGAUGAAACUAAAGCAAUAAGAGUUGGUGUACCAUCAGAAGAUGGAGUCAUAGAAAAUGAUGUAAGAGCCGAAAAUUACAACACAUCUGCUGUUGAAUUCUUGAGACGCCUACCCGGUGUGACUGAUUCAAAUUACCGAGCUCUGAUGGAUGGAUGCAAUAGCCUUGCUGAACUCGCUCUUCUUCCUAUCGAGAGGUUAGCAGAACUGAUGGGAGGUCAAAAAUUAGCUCGGACAUUGAAGGACUUCCUUGACGCAAAGUUUCCCACAUUACUGUAACUCUUUCGACUAACAAUACUUGAUGAUGCAGAUAUCAACCUCGCACUUCCCGGUUUCUACAGAUAGUACCGUGGUCGCUGUGGCACAAUGCCUAUUAGUAAUUCAUGCGGCACAAAGAUUUUUUUCCCCCAUUUUUUCAUUGAUAAUAUUGUUAAUUUAUGUGCCAACAAACUCUGCAUUGAUGUGCCCUAAUUUAUCUAUGUGCUAUUGAGAAGGAUUAAAAGUAGUGAAAGUUUCAGAGUCUAUGUGUGUUUUCAUGUAAAAGGAAUGGUCCAUCUUAGUGUUUGAAAUUACCUCACUAGACAGUGUAUGUGAUCCACUGGACAAUUUAAUGUAAUAAAUUAGUUAUAAAAGAGCAUUCUAUUUUA